AUGGCGGUCCCGUUGGGUUCCGCCCCGCGGUGGCCUCAUUGUCCCCCCAUCACCCUCGUUAUCUCCGUCAUCUCCAUCGUCCCCGUUGUCCCCAAUAUCCUCAUCAUCCUCAUCAUCCUCAUCAUCCCCACCACUUCUAUCAUUAUCUCCAUCGUCUCCAUCAUCCCCAUCUCCAUCAACACCAUCAACCCCAUCAUCCCCAUCAUCCUCAUCGUCUCCAUCAUCCCCAUCAUCCUCAUCGUCUCCAUCAUCCUCAUCAUCCUCAUCGUCUCCAUCAACCCCAGCAACCCAUUGUCUCCAUCAUCCCCAUCACCUCCAUCAUCCUCAUCAUCCCCACUGUCCCCACCACUUCUAUCAUUCUCUCCAUCAUCUCCAUCAUCCCCAUCUCCAUCAACCCCAUUGUCUCCAUCACCUUCAUCGUCUCCAUCACCCCCAUCAUCCUCAUUGUCUCCAUCAUCCCCAUUAUCUUCAUCAUCUCCAUCUCCAUCAACCCCAUCAACCCCAUCGUCUCCAUCAUCCCCAUCAUCCUUGUCUCCAUCAACCCCAGCAACCCCAUUUUCUCCAUCAUCCCCAUCAUCCCCAACACCUCCAUCAUCCUCAUCAUCCUCAUCAUCCCCACUGUCCCCACCACUUCUAUCAUUGUCGCCAUCGUCUCCAUCACCCCCAUCUCCAUCAACCCCAUCAACCCCAUUGUCUCCAUCAUCCCCAUCAUCUUCAUCAUCCCCAUCUCCAUCAACCCCAUCAACCCCAUUGUCUCCAUCAUCCUCAUCAUCCUCAUUGUCUCCAUCAUCCCCGUUGUCUCCAUCAUCCUCAUAAUCCUCAUCAUCCCCACUGUCCCCACCACUUCUAUCAUCAUCCCCAUCAUCUUCAUCAUCCUCAUCUCCAUCAACCCCAGCAACCUCGUUAUCUCCAUCAUCCCUAAUAUCCCCAUCAUCUUCAUCAUCCCCAUCAUCUCCAUUGUCUCCAUCAUCUCCAUCAUCAUCAGCCCCAUCAUCCUAAUCAUCCCCAUCAUCCUCAUCAUCCCCAUCGUCCCCAUCAUCCUCAUUGUCUCCAUCAUCCCCAUCAUCUUCAUUAUCUGCAUCAUCCUCACUGUCUCCAUCACCUUCAUCCCCAUCAUCUCCAUCGUCCCCAUCAUCCUCAUCCCCAUCGUCUCCAUCAUGCCCACCAUCUUCAUUAUCCUCAUCAUCCUUAUUGUCUCCA